CCCAACUUACACUACGCCAGCUGAACGAACAUCUCCAAAAAUUAAGGAAAUGAUGUAUCGAUCUCUUCUGUUGGAGUCAGUCCUCCCUUACGAAACUCGUCUCACCAUCAGACCUUCAUCCACCCUGGAACCACACAUCCCUAGCACGGCAUACCGUUCACCAACAUCCGUCCUUCGUUACUUCUAUCCAGGUAGAGUUAUUGCUGCGAAAUCAUCCACCUUUUUUACUCUCCGUGGCAGCAGUCUCCGCUCCACGCAAGAAGAAGAAAACAAGCCGGGAGGGACACCGAGCCACCGACAACUUUUCACCAACCCCGUUGGUAGCGUAGUAAAAGUACCAAAAUCUCUUGCCCCUGGUUCAUGGAACAGGAUAGGUAGUACGUAUUCCGAUCUCUCACCCCUGCCCACUAAGAGAAGGACUAUAUACCGGUCUCAGUAUGAUCUGGAUUCUUCCCUCCCCCUCCCUCCUCCCCUCCUCUACCCACUCGAUGUCGAUGUCAAUACCACCGCGACUGCUGCGGCUGCUCUACAUACUCGAGGAAGGGGUGUGUUCUUAACCCAACCCGGAAAUACCCAUCGCAUCCAUCCAUGACCCCCAUGCGAACGUUUAUCAUCAGGAAAACAUUAAUUAAUUAGUUACCAACCACCAUCCAUCAAGUAAAUGACCUAAAUUGAUCACACCUUUCGCUGGUGCAUUAGAUGCUGCGAUCGUCGUCGCUUUCUGAGAUGCUGACCGCGUCUGUGGUGGGCACCUUUUUCCCAUUCCUGCUCAGAUGAAUUGGACUCAGCCGGUGGUUGACUAUCAGCUGGCUGCUUGCUGGCUUGGAGUCAAAAAGUAGUUAGUCCUGGACACGCUGGCUGUUGAACGCUUACCAGUCAGUGCCUUGGUCUCUUUCUUUCCACGCUUGUUCGAUUCUAGACCAUGUGCUCGG